GUCAGUUCUGGAUUUCCCCUCUAGAUCAACUGUGAUAAUUCUGCAAUAGUUUUUGGGGACAGGAUGUGCAGGACUGUGAUCACUAUCCUAUACGAGAUCAUUCAGGGAAAAGCUUUCUGAUAUUUAUGAAGUCUGUAUUUGAUAACUGUAUAUUUUAUAUUUCUCUUGUAUUUCUUAAGCAUUCUAACAUAAUGUUGUUCUCUGAAAGCUUUGCCCAGCUCAGAAAAAAAUAUAUUGCCAUGUCUAAUGUAUCCUCAAGCCCCUUUUCUGAAUGAAACAGUUAAAUACGUAAUCUAUGAGUUACAUGACAAGUUUAUUUUUUUUCUAACAGAUCAUACUUUUCAUGUUUUGACACUAAACACCACGCUCCUUUAUUGCCAUGUUGUCUGCUUCUGUGGUUUACUGCAUUCUGAAUUUCCCCGUUGAAAGAUUCCUCUUUGCUUUGAAUAGUGGCUUGACUUUUGCAGCAUGUCUUAACCAGUUUAUACUUUAUCUUCACACUUUGGUCACCAUGUGCGCUUCUGAGAUUUGUUUUCCAAGUUGAAUUAUAAGGAUAUAAGGUUGAUGUAAACCUUCCCUUUCAGUGUGCCUCAUAUUACACAAAUUACAGCCAGAAGACAGAUGUUACACAAAGACAAAGAAGAAAACAGUUUGCCCCAAGCUCACAGAUAGGUUUUCAGUCGCUUUGCUGUGAAGUUCCUGCUGCAGCCUCUGCUCACACUGCAGAAUUCUACUUCUUCUGCCAGGAGCUGGAGGCAAGGCUCUCGAAGCACUGCAGAGUAUUGCGGAGGUGUGUGGGGCUCUGUACUCCAUCUGAAGUACACUGAGAGGCUUUAAGAGGGGCGCACAAACUCACAGCCUUUCUCAGUUUAUUGUAUCAGACAAUCAUUUCAAAGACCCCAAAGAUUCUUUUCCACAGAAACAUGCUGCUAUUCAUUAUUGAUGUCUUGCUUUCAGAGACACUUUAUGUACAUAGAUGACACAGGAAACAAUAUAUAUUUUGUGUACACUCUUUUGUGAAUGCAGUUGGUAAAUUACUAUGUGUGCACAUGUAUAGCACAGAGUGGAACUGUCAGACAUAAAAGUGAUGCUUGGCAUUAACCCAGGUUUUCAAUGCUGCUUUCCAAUAGUAGAGAAAAAAAAAAAAAAGAAAAAAAAAAAAAAAAGCAGUCGUGAGUCUGGAGCAUCUUCAGAGCUAGGCUGUGUUCAUUCAAGGUCUCAAAUGGAUUUAAAAGCCUCACUGUAGGGUUUUUGGAUGAAAAUCUAAAAGCCAGGGCUUUCCUACUCGUAUUCACGCUGACACCCAACCGUGAAACACUGCGAGGCGGCUUCUAUUUUCCCACUUUUUCAAGCAGGCUUAAGCAGGCCAUAUCUUGAAAGGAGAAAAACUGAAGGGGGGUUCCUUUGCCAGACUCACAGAGAACGACUUACUUUUACAUCUUCGCGCUUUUCCCUUGCCCGCCCGGCCCGCCCGGCCCAUCCGUCCCGCAGCACUCCCGGCGCACACAAACGCCUCCUUCGCCCUCCCCAGCGCCGGGCAUCGCCAGCCCGAGCCGGGGGGCUGCCGCCGGUGCUCUGCGGCCGUUCCGAGCAGAGCCGGGCGGGGCGGGGGCGCGGCAGCCCCCCGGGGCGCUGCGGGAGGUGGAGCCGGCUGCCUGCCACGGCCGGGGAUGCGCUGAGGUGCGGCGGCGGGGCCGGGGCCGAACGCGGGCUUCCUGCCGCCCGAGCCGGGCGAGCACCUGGGAACCGGCUCCCGCAGGCCGGGAGCCCCGGCGGCAGGGAAAGGAAGGGAGGAAGGGCUGGGGAGCCCCUCGCCCCCGGCCCCGCUCACAGGGGAAGCGGCGGCGGCGGCGGCGGCGGCGGCCGGGAGAGGAGGCAGAGCGGCCGCGGAGCGGAGCAUGGAGCGCAGCUGCCACCCCUCGCCUGAGCAGGAAGCGGUGGAAGCGUGGCUGGACGAUCACUGCGACUUCACCCACUCCUACUUUGUCAGGAAAGCCACAAGAGAAAUGGUUAAUGCAUGGUUUGCUGAGAGAGUUCAUACCAUCCCUGUCUGCAAGGAGGGGACCAAGUCUCAGAGUGAAUCCUGUGCUUGUCACCAGCCUGCCUGCCCUGAGACCACCAACUCUGGAACACCUGCAAGGAAAAUCUCUGCUUCAGAAUUUGACAGACCCUUGAGGCCGAUUUUUGUCAAGGACUCGGUAGGAGCAGUAAGCUUCCUCUGUGGCUCUGAAAAGAAGGAACAGAUGCCUCUGCAAUCUCCAAGGACUGGGACCAAUGCAGGGGAUCGGUGCUCAAGGCUUUUAGAACUUGUGAAAGACAUUUCUAGUCAUUUGGAUGUCACAGCACUUUGCCAUAAAAUUUUCCUACAUAUCCAUGAGCUUAUAGCUGCUGAUCGCUAUUCCUUGUUCUUGGUCUGCGAGGAUAGCUCUAACGAGAAGUUUCUUGUAAGCAGGCUGUUUGAUGUGGCUGAAGGUUCCACCCUGGAAGAAGCUUCAAAUAACUGCAUUCGCCUGGAGUGGAACAAGGGCAUCGUGGGCCACGUAGCUGCUACAGGCCAGCCUUUGAACAUCAAGAAUGCAUAUGAGGAUCCAAGAUUCAAUGCAGAAGUUGACCAGAUCACAGGGUAUAAGACUCAGAGUAUUCUCUGUAUGCCAAUAAAGAAUCAUAGGGAAGAGGUUGUUGGCGUGGCUCAAGCAAUUAAUAAGAAAUCUGGAACGGGUGGGACUUUCACGGAACAAGAUGAAAAGGAUUUUGCUGCAUAUUUGGCAUUUUGUGGAAUUGUUCUUCACAAUGCUCAGUUGUAUGAAACAUCUUUGCUUGAAAACAGGCGUAAUCAGGUGCUUCUUGAUCUUGCCAGCCUUAUUUUUGAAGAACAGCAGUCUUUGGAAGUCAUUCUGAAGAAGAUAGCUGCCACUAUAAUAUCCUUCAUGCAGGUGCAGAGGUGUACCAUUUUCAUAGUGGACGAAGAUUGCACUGAUUCAUUUUCUAGUGUGUUUCAUAUGGAAGCUGAGGAAUUAGAAGAUUCAGCAGAAAAUCAGAAGAGGGACUAUGAUACAAACAAAAUCAAUUAUAUGUAUGCUCAGUAUGUGAAGAAUACAAUGGAGCCUCUCAACAUCCCAGAUGUCUGUAAAGACAGAAGAUUUCCCUGGACAACUGACAGUGCAGAAAGUGUAAGUCAACAUAUAAAGAGUUUGCUGUGUACACCAAUAAAAAAUGGGAAAAAGAAUAAGGUGAUAGGGGUUUGCCAGCUUGUGAAUAAGAUUGAAGAAAACUCAGGCAAGAUCAAGGCUUUCAACAGAAAUGAUGAGCAGUUUCUGGAAGCAUUUGUCAUCUUUUGUGGCUUGGGGAUUCAGAAUACACAGAUGUAUGAAGCUGUAGAAAGAGCAAUGGCCAAACAGAUGGUGACAUUAGAGGUUCUCUCAUACCAUGCUUCUGCUGCUGAGGAGGAAACAAGGGAGCUGCAGGUAACAGCGGCUGCUGUAGUACCGUCUGCACAAUCUCUCAACCUGACUGACUUCAACUUCAGUGAUUUUGAGCUAUCAGAUUUUGAAACAACACUGUGUACAAUUCGAAUGUUCACAGACCUCAACUUGGUGCAGAAUUUCCAAAUGAAACAUGAGGUUCUCUGCAGAUGGAUUUUAAGCGUGAAGAAAAAUUAUCGGAAAAACGUUGCUUAUCACAAUUGGAGACAUGCCUUUAAUACAGCACAGUGCAUGUUUGCUGCUUUAAAAUCUGGUAAAAUUCAGAGCAAACUGACUGACUUGGAAACACUGGCUUUGCUGAUAGCAACUCUAAGCCAUGAUUUGGAUCACAGGGGAGUGAACAAUUCUUACAUACAAAGAAGUGAACAUCCACUGGCUCAACUGUACUGCCACUCCAUCAUGGAGCAUCACCAUUUUGAUCAGUGCCUGAUGAUUCUGAAUAGUCCAGGAAAUCAGAUUCUCAGCAGCCUUUCCAUUGAAGAAUACAAGGCAACACUGAAAAUGAUAAAACAAGCCAUCCUUGCAACAGACCUAGCACUAUACAUAAAGAGGAGAGGAGAAUUUUUUGAACUUCUAAGGAAAAAGCAGUUUAAUUGGGAAGAUCCUAUGCAGAAGGAGCUAUUUUUAGCAAUGCUGAUGACUGCUUGUGAUUUAUCAGCUAUAACCAAACCAUGGCCAGUUCAGCAACGGAUUGCUGAGCUUGUAGCUACUGAGUUCUUUGAUCAGGGAGAUAAAGAGCGGAAGGAACUCAACAUAGAACCAACAGAUCUAAUGAACAGAGAGAAGAAAAACAAAAUUCCAAGCAUGCAGGUUGGAUUCAUUGAUGCUGUUUGCUUGCAGCUGUAUGAGGCCCUAACACAUGUAUCAGAGGCCUGCUACCCUUUACUGGAUGGCUGUAGAAAAAAUAGGCAGAAAUGGCAAUCCUUAGCUGAACAACAAGAGAAGAAUCUGAUUAACGGAGAAAGCAAUCAAGCCAAACGGAACUGAGAUGCCGAUUUAAAAACCACAAGCUUAAGUUCACAUAGAAGACGUAGUAAUAGGGAAGUACUGCAUUCUACUAAACACUGUAUGGAUUUGGAUUCUGUUUUUGCCACUGCUGUAUUAUUUUUCCACAUUUCAAUAUAUAGCAUGACGGUGUAUAUGCCAAGACCAUAUAAUUCUUCUAUUACAUCUAAUGAGAUGGAAAAAGAUCUGCAGUUAGUUUACACUAACAUACUCCAUAGAAGGUAUGAGUGCAGUUUACUCGAGUGUCCCUGAGAGCCUAAUUACUUCAUAGAUGUACAUAUAGUUGUUCAGUGAUUAUGUUGUGGCCAGUAUCUUAAAGACUACUGCAUUUCGCACCUUUUUGCCUCUUUCAGUCUUGCUGUGUUAGGCUGUAAAAGAAAUGCACAGUCUUGCCUGUUAUCUUCCCAGAGGUUCAGAAGAAAAACUGGGACUAAUGCUGGCAAGCCUGAUCCAGCAUCCACUAUACCAACCUCUUCCAGAAAACAGAACUGGGCUUUGAAGUGGAGAAGCCCCAGAAUUUUGUACCCAGUAGCCUUUUCAUAUUAUAAGAAUGUCUUAGCAAUGUGUUACAUUUUAAAAAAACCCUGUGAGUUACGAGGCAAUGGGGGGCUUAGGAGUUUCGUGGUACAGGUGUCAUAAUUAUCCACAGAUAAUGGGAAUUGCUUGAAGACUGAUGAAAUACAUCACAACAUAGCUGACAGGCUGCGUGCCUUGGAAGAAUGACCGCAAGAAGCAGAGAAAUUGAAACUAAACAAGAUAUUUCUGUAUGCUCAUUUUAACUUCAUUUUGAAGUUGAAUUUAACAUUGUCAUAACAAAUAAACUGAAUCGCAGGCGGGAAAGGAGAAGAAAUGUGACUGCAAGAGCAAGAGAUGAAAAUCCAAAUCGGAAUGAUGCAGGAAUGGCAUGCUUCCAGUAACCAUCAGUGGCCGGUGCUAUUAAUGACCAUCAAUAGGCCAGUGUUGUUAUGAAAUGGCUAUGACCACUUUGAAGUAUUAUGUUAACAUAUUUUUAAAAAUAUUUUUAGCACUCAUUAGCGUUAAAAAUUAUCUAUCACUAUGUCUUAAAGGAAUAUGAAAAAAGAAUACCAAAAGCAAAAAUAGCCCAGGAUGCUACAGGGAUUUACUGUUUGUGCAUAAGGGUCAACAUUCAGCAAACUGAGAAUCAAUUAGCUUGCACUAGGAAAAGAAGGCAUUGAUAUUUCAUUCAAACAAAGAUGAUUAAUAAAAGUGAUUUUGAACUCAUCACUGGGAGCCAAUUCAUGAAAAUAUACACAUAAAACAGUCAAAAAAAUAAAGCAGUACAAGGAGAGUACAGUUUCAUUGAGCAGGAUUAAAAAAUUAAUGUCAGCAUUCUUAGACUGGUGAGCAGUAAUUUCAGUUACACAGAGACAGAAAAUGUUGAUUUUCUUUUUUUUUUAAUCUUUAGCAAUGAGGCGGUAGUUAAAAUUAAUAAAAGUAAUACAUUUGGGAUUAGACUUUCAAAUCCAGGAGUUAGUUUGUAUUGCAGUAAUCCAGAAAAUUCUAGUUGAAAACUGCAAUGCAUUUAGUCUUCCCAGGAGAUUAUCAAUCCCACCUGCAGUAGCCAGUCAGAAGGACACUGAAAAGGAGCUCUUUUUGUCAGUCUCUGCAUUUAGAUAACAACAUCAGAAGCUAACAAAAAAUGAAGAAAGUGUUUCAAAAUGUUCCACAGAACUGUUUUUCAUGGUCACUUUUUUUUUCUUUUUUUUAAUGUAGACUAAGGAAUUCUGACAGUUUGCAGCAUUUCUGCCAACAUCUAUCAUUUGUUACUGAUUAAAUCCUAUCUCAAAUUUCUCUUAUGACUACCAGUAAUAAUUUAUUGCAGCUGAAUGUGAAAGUAUUUUUUCUAUAAAAGUAUUUCUCCUAUGAGGUAUUUUUUUUUCCCCAGGUUUUCAGAAACAACAAAAAAAAAGUAUGGAAUUCAACAAUAAUUAAGGUUUCUAGAGCUAUUUUGAAUUUGUAUCUACACAUGUAUAUUUAUAUGCAUACAUGGCACAUAUGUAUAUGUGCAACAGAUCAUGGCUCUGCACAAAAACUACAGCAGCCUGCCCUUCCCAACCUUCCAGCUCAAAAAGGAAAAAAACCAAAGCUUUUAGGUACUUUUUGAUAAAUAGGAAUUCUGCUUCAUGAUUUGCAUAGUACUCGUAUAUUCUUUUCCUUGAAUGUCUGAGAUACUAAAAUGUGUCAACUAUAAAGUACAUAUUUAAUAUAAAUAUGAACAAAAUGUAUGUAUAUAAAGGUGUAUUCUUGUUGGUAUGGUUGAGACUAGCAAUUCAUGGAGACAGCACAACUGUGGUGAUAUUACAGUGUAGUAACCAAUCAUUUACAUUAAGAUUCCAGUAACUAUACUUCUCUGCUAUAUUGUGUGUUCAACAAAACUUUACUAUGACAUUAACUUAUAAAUAUUAGAAAAGAUUGCUGGAUUCUUACCUUGGACUUGAAAAAACAUGCAUGACAAUCUGCAGUUCUUCAAAGGUUCACUUAAAAUGAACAAAGCUAUACAGUAUGUGCGUACAUGUAAUUACAUAUUUGUACACAUUUAUCAUACCAAAUCUCUUCCACUACCAAGAUUCAACUACAGAAAUAUAGUUCCUAGUGAUUAAACUAUUUAAAUGUCACAAUAUGUCUGUAUCUGUAUAUAUUUCUACCAAGAAAAAAAAAAAAAAAGCCAUUAAACUACUGGUUUAAGAAUUUUAAAAGCAUAUUUUGCUCUUGUUUCAUGAAAAAUCAGACAUCUGUGUGAAGGCAAAGGGUGCCAGUUUUGUUUCAUAGCUCUGUGUGUAUUGUUUGAAGAAAAUUUUUCUUUUAUUUCAUAAUGUAGGUAGAUGAAAAUAUGAGAAAGAAAAAAAAUAAAACAGGCUGUUUCUUACUUAAAUUCAUUGCCUUCCGGAAUUUGACAUUUUCAUACUCAGCCAUUCCAUACUUUACAGCCAUGCUGCUAUUAAGUUACAUGUAUCUAAUAAUUUUAGUCAGGUCUCAACCAUUUACUGCUCUAUCUUAAAUCAUCUAGCUAAGGAAAUCAAGAGGAAGAUGCAAGAUGCAAGCAGAAACUGAGUGCAUCACUUUGUCAAUUCAGUUUUAGGUCUGUUAAAGCCAAUGUGAAAUUUGGUAUUUAAGUUCCUAGGUACAAAAGUUGUUCCAUUAGUUUUUAGUACUUGUCUCAAUAGGAACAUCUAACACUCGUUCUCAGAUAUACACAUUUUCUUUUGAAGUCACUUCACAGCACAGUUUAAUGCUUUAUGUACAGUUCUCUUUCUGGUUUUGUCCCCUUUCUGAAAAAAAUAACUUGUCAUGCUUGUUAAUGUAUACAGAAUUACUCAUUAACCCUAGCUCUUCUAUAAAAAACAAGGCUCUUACACUGUAGGUAGUACUUUUCCAAGAAGUUAUCCACACACCCAAUAUUAGCUGUAGAAUAUAGGUAUGUAGGUUUUCUUUAAUCUCAAUAAGAAAGGAGAGAAAAGUAAUCUUGAUUUUAGCAAUUGUAUUGAUUUUUAAUUAGUAGCAGUUUAAAUCAUUCUCAGAUGUGCACAGAAUGCAAGCACAAGCAGACUAGUGAUAGAAGUGAGUAAUCUAUUCCAUCAAUGACAGCUGAUCUCUCUUCACAAGAGAGGGCUGAAGCCUGAUAGAGGCAUCAUCUUCCGCCAGCUGGGUGCAUGUAAAGGUAAGUUUUCAAACUCCAGUCCAAUGCAUUUUAAUCUGGUAGUGCUGUGAACUGAUGCUUCAAAACUGAUUCUUGUGUGUGUUUUUCAAAACUGCUGGGUAACUGAUUGUGCAGUCCAUUAGAGGGAAAAAGUACAAAAAGCCAGACUUAGCCCCUCAAUUAAAAUUUGGGAAUGCUCCCGGAAGGAUCUGGUUGAUGCCCCUUGCAGGUAAGCCUGAGAAAAUAGAGUGUUGAUGGAAAAAGUGCCUCAAUCAUAAUAAAUUCAGAAAUGUUUAAAGGUUUUAGAGAUGUAACCUUUCAGGUGAUUUUUUUUUUACAUUAGCUUUAGCUAAAAGUCUUGUCUCUGCAAUGCUGUAGGUUGUUCUUCAUGCCAAAUCACAUGCAGUCUACAUUCUACAAGGUUUCAGCUUUAUUUCUUAGUCCUCUGCUCUGCCUCUUCAUGGACUUGCACUAAUUUGAGAGAGAAGCUCGAACACUGGAGCUUGAAUAAAAACCUAAGUUUACCCUGAGGAUAAGAAAUAGCGAGGGCUGGACUAUAUGGACUUUCAUAGGAACAAGAAACAUCAGAGAAUCUGGCCUGGCAACUGCUAACUCUUUCUAAAUAUGACAACUUGCGACUUCAAGAUCUUUUAUUUUUGUCAUUGCAAGAUAUGAAAAUUGCAUGGGAAAUUUUAUUUUCCACACAGAGAAGUCUGUUUCCAUAGAGAAACUCGUAUCUAAGUACCACUGUGUGUAAAUGUAUAUUUAUGUGAUAAUGCUAGAUAAUACUUUCCACUAACUUUCACUGCGUGAGCUUGUCAUGCUAGUUCCUAAGGUACGCUCAGAUUCCCAUUUAAAGUUAAUUACAUGAUUCCUGUUUACCUCAGUGGAAGUUCAAUUGAGCUGUAUAGGAGUGAAGGAAUAGGUCAAAUUCAGCUUUUCUAGCUAUAGACUCAUCCUCAGCAACACCUGCCUCACCUGUUCUUUACUGUAUUCAGCUAUUCCUGCUGAUGCUCAAGGUACCUCACAGAUGUAACUGGUUAGAAUUUGAGCCUUCUAUGUAUUCAUGUGGCAGACACAUGCAUGUGUCUCUUGAAGAAUGUAGUGUGAAAUGCACUGUAAAUAGUUUUAAUAUACAUUUCUAUUAUACUUUAAUAAAAAUCCUAAUCAAAAUCA